ACAAACCCAAAACCCUAAAAAUCACAGUCCUGUUUGAAAUCAUGUCCCGCGUCGCCUCCGACACCGUCGGCAAUGGCGCUCUGGUCCCAUUCUCCGAAGACACCAAAGACUCACUGGCGGUCUACCCUCUCCACCACGGCCUCGCCCCUCCGAUUUCCCGCAUUGCCAUCUCCUGGGCCCGCGGCAACUCCCUCCGCGUCUCCCUCUUCGCCACUCCCUCUUCAGAACCUUCUCGAACCCCGCAGGAUCAGUCUGGAGGUAAGGUCCUCGAAGUUAAGCUUGGCGUCGGAGACCCGGAGAUUUCCGAUUCUCGUUGGCGCCAAAUCGCGUACGGCUCCGUUGCCCCCUUUGCCCUGCUCCAGAGUCGCCGGAGUGCACUUUCGGAAAUGAUCAAGUCUUCUUCGCCGUAUCAGAUGGAUUGGUGGGAGAAUGUGCUUGAGUAUAGCAAGGACAUAACUUCACUUCUCAGUGGACCAAAGUUGCCACCUGGUCCAAUAAUUGAAGAACGAACUGAUAUCGUUAAGAAACGUGAGGAGCCAACAUGUUUGAAAGCAGCUUGGGAGUUGUUGGAAAUAUUUUAUGCAGACAAGCAAUCUCAAGCAUGGUUACCUGAAAAGCUUGUUGAUUGGUUAGCUGAUUAUGACAGCCUCUUUUCAAGCACACAUGAAACAGUUUAUGGCAAGCUUGCUCGGUUUCAGAAGGAGCUUGUUGACAUACAGGUGCUUGAGGAUGACCCUAGAUAUUGGGAAGUGAUGUCAUCUGCACUCUCAGUUGGUUGGCUUGAUAUUGUGGUGAAAAUGCUGCGGUUGCAUGGAUCUUAUCAACUAGAUCAGCUUAGUAAUCGUGAGUUAGAGAAUGGGCUUGUGGAGGCAGUUGCUGUUCUUAUUUCCAAAAUGCCCCGCCUAUGUCAUGAAUCUACUAAUGGAAAAUUAGGUGAACUCUUUAAAUCCAAGCCUGACUUCAUCAAGGCCUGGGAAAAAUGGAGAUCUCAAAUUACAAAGCUGGAUUGUAGUCCAUUCUGGAUUCAAUGUGGUAAUCACCAUACACGUGAGGGAUUGAGAAACUUGCUACAAAUUAUGCUGGGUAACACUGAAAGUCUCUGCAUGGCUACAUGUUACUGGAUUGAGUUGUAUAUUUCUCAUUUUCUUUACAUCAGGCCAUUUACAACGGGAAUAGAAAGCAUGUAUAAUUUGGCACAAAAAUGCAUCCAACUGAAACCACCAUCAAGUAACCAUAAGUUGACUGGACUUAUAGUUGGAAUUCUUGAAGAAAAUACUGAGGUUGUUUUAGCAGAAUCUUCUAGAGAAUUUGGUCCUUGGAUGGUUGCACAUGCGAUCGAAUUGUUGACUGCAGGGAGUGAGCAAGCAGAGAUUGUUCUACAUGAUGAGCGUUAUAAUUUGGGGGGAAUCAGCAUGAUAGAACUACAUCGGCUUGUGUAUGCUCAAGUAUUAUCAUCACAUGCCUUGACCUGGCAAAUAGCUCCAAUAUAUUUGACAUCAUGCAUGAAGCAAGGAAUGGGCUUGUUAGAGAAUUUGUUGUACAGGCAAUCCAUUCAACAUAAUGACUUGUUGCUAAAGAACAUUGAGAUCUGCCGCUUGUAUGAGCUUGAUCAUAUUAGUUCCGAUAUCAUGAAGGUUGCGGGAGUAUAUCACUGGAAGCAUGGUCAUAAAGGUGCUGGUGUAUAUUGGCUUCAACAGUCCAAAGAUACUAGUCGUCUUAAUCGGAUUGCUCAACAAUUAUUUGAUUCUGUUGGAAAGUCAAUCUCUGAUGAAAGCUUUAAGCAAUGGGAAGGUCUAAUUGAAUUAUUGGGUUCUGAAUCCAAGCCUGCUGGGGGUCUUGAAUUUUUGCACAAGUAUAGGGAUUUCAAAAGGUCCCUACAGCAGGUAUAUGGUGGAAAGGCAACGGAUGCUGCUCGACAAGCAGUAGGCUCUCUCAUACUGCUCAUGAAAAAUCCAUCAACCCCUCAGCGCUUUUGGCUGCCGCUUCUGUAUGACUCGUUGAAGCUGUUUAAUUGGCACGAGUGUCCUCUUCUAAAUGUCUCUGAGACCAAUCUUCUGUUGAACAAACUUCAAGAGUUAUCUUGGGCGAGAUUGCACCCGCACUUCUCUGAACCUAACCUACCUGCCGAGGCACUGAGCUCUAUUAGGCUGGCUCUGGCAACAAAUCUUGGUCGUGCUAUACUUGAUGAAUAAGCUGACACUAAUUUAUCGAUGAGCGUCAAUACCAUUGAUCCCUCGGUCCCUCUCUUUAGCUUUCAGAAUGCAAAAGGUGGUGUUUGAAGUUGCUAAUUGCUAUGCUCCAUGAUUGUCACCUGCUGUAAAUUUGUAUGGACGAUUGGUUAGUUUGUAAGAUUGGGCAAUAGUUGUAUUACUAUUAUCUACCUUUGGAAUGCUUAUGUAGCAGCAAUAACAUGAUAUAAAUAGAUUUCACACUUUUUAGUUUUGAAGUCCAGGCAUAUCACCAAAGAGUAUAAGCACUUCUCUUAUCACCGACACAGUGAGUUACUACUUGCCACUUUGAAUGGAGAUAUGGCCAAAGAAAUUGCUAAUCGUGCA